UAUACGGAGAACUCAAUUUCUAUCUCACACAGGUGCUCUCCGGGCACGGGUGCUUCCGGAAGUACCUUCAUAAAUUUAACUAUGAAGAUGCUACAGAUUGUCCAACGUGCCUCGGAGUUGAUGAGGAUGCCGAGCACACUUUCUUCGAGUGCCCGCGCUUCAGUGCUACUCGAAGCACCGUCGAGAAGGAGCUGAAUAUACGUCUGACCCCGGAGAACCUAGUGGAACAGAUAUUGUCGUCGGAGGCGGCAUGGAAGGCCAUAAGUGCCUUCGCUGCUGUCGUGAUGAAGGAAUUGCGCAGACGAGAGCGCGAGAGAAAGAAGAUGACGCCAGAACAACAGACAGCCCAGGAGAUAGCAAGGAACGCCAACCCCUAAUCCACUCAGACCAACCACAGUGGGACGGGGGACGUAACGUUGCUUGACAACGAUGGAGGAAGAGCUACGGCUAACGGCCUCUCCCGCGAAGUAAUACCUAUCGGUGGUGCCGCGAGAGAAUCAAAAGGCCACAGAGGAAGAGAGAGAGAAAUCUCGGGUUUAGUCAGUAAGGUGGUGUGCCAUCAGCCCGACACGCGGGACACCCGCGUCUAUCAGUGCAUAAAGCAUUCGCCCUAAACUCUUCAUUAUAAAAAACACACACACACACACACACACACACACACACACACACACACACACACACACACACACACACACACACACACACAUACAUACAUACAUACAGACAUCGCUCUGAAAAUGUCAGAAUAGCAUCCUAGCACCAUCAAAUGUCGACAUAUGAUGAAAACCCGGUUUUUGAAUAAAUCAAAAGUAUCCCAUUGAACGAAAAACUAAUUUUUUGUUAAAAAAAUGGCCAAAAAAAAAUUUUUAAUUUGUUUGUUUCUGAUUUUGAAUUUUUCUUCAGAAAGAGCGUUGAAAAUAAAAAAAAGUAACCCCCGUGACGUGAGAUUAUCACAACUAUAGUCAAAGUUAUAUCCUUUUUAAGCAAAAAUGAUAACUCCGGAAUGAUUGGAGAUAAAGAGCUAAAAAUUUAGCUGAGGACGUCUUUCUACAUGUAUGAAAACUCAAAAAAAAUCGAAGAGGGUCACCGUCGCAAUGUUGUUGAAUUGAUAUGGAAUGACCUAUAUACAAACUGAAUGAAAAUUCAUUACAUACGAUGAUACUUUGUUAGGCAGUGAUGAGAAGAUUAAAAAAGAAAAAGAAACAAUUUAUGGAACACAUUGGAAAUUGGAAGGAAGGUCAACUGUUUUACUGGAAAUUAACCGCUAUUCCACUACUCCCUGCAGCAAAUAUUAAUGACGCUUUUGAUUGGUUACUAGCAAAUACAGUUGCAGAAGUAUUAAACGAAUUCACUGAUUUAAUUGCAUACUUCCGUAGUUGGUGGUUACAACGAGUAACACCUAUUAAAUUAACUGUUUUUAUCCUAGAAGAUAUAACCAACAACGGUAUAGAAGCAUACCAUCGAACCUUACAAAAAAAAUUUGGCAGUCACCCUUCACUUUGGCAAUUAACAACUUGUCUACGCAACUUGCAGAGCAUCACGCGGAUUGAGUGGACAGUAGCAUGCAUGGGGUAUUCCGUUCGGCGUCAGACCGAAAAUCGCUAUUUUAAGUUGAAAGGAAUACGGCGUAGAGCAUGGACGUUAUACUCGCAAAAUAUUUUGGAAAUACCGACAUUUUUUGCUUGUGCUAAUAAUUUUUUGCGAGUAUUCCAAAGUCGACCUCUCAUAAGUGAAAUAAAUCAAGUUGAUCUUGUUUUGAAUAUACCACACCAUAAUGUCAGAAUUAAUCCGAUUCCCCACGACAAUGGAGUUAUGCCAAUAGGUAAUGGUCCUUUUGAUAUUCCGAUGAUACCUGCGGAUGCCCCAAUAAUUGGUGUCAUCAUUUUUUUGCUACGAAAUUUGAAUCAAUCGAAAUGUUCGAUAUGUAACGCAAGGGUUUGUAAUUACAUUAGUUUGCCAUGCUGGCAUUGGUUUGGGUGCGGUCAAUGUGCUGAAAAUGUUAGAGAACUGGUAAACAAUGAGCAAGCCGAUUUGAGAUGCGCGCAGUGUGCAAAUAUUGUGGCAGUAUUCAAGGAAAUAAAUAUAACAUAGAAUAGGAUGGAAUUAAUUAGAUUCAAAGCCACAUGAUAAAAUAUAUUGAAUAAACAUUUAAAAUUUGUUCCGAUCCUGACAAUGAAUUAACUCCAAACCAUACUCCGAGG